AUGCCCGAAUACUGAAACGUCACUUAAAUAUGUAAGAGCGUCUUAAAUUAUAAGACCACGCUUAAACUCCAAUAUGGAAUUUUCGUAAGUCAGUUAAAGACGCAUCUCAACUUUGAUGCCACUCAAGUCGUACCAUGCUUAAAGGCCACUCAAUAUCACAUUUCUUAUACUGGAUCGUCACUCAACGACAUUUUGCUGUCAAAAGAACUGUCAUGUCGACUUAAGUACGCCAACAAUUUAAGAGUGGUCGCGAGCUAUCUUAAAAGUGAAAAUCUAAGGUGUUAACAUGUCGGUUUCAUCAUUAUCAUCGCUUUCGGACAAUGAGAGGCCUAGCGUGUGUCGGCGAAACUUAAAGAAAAUUAAUGCGUUUGAAAAAUACACGGAUGCAGAGUUUCGUUCAAGGUUUCGCUUAUCGAAAGAAACUGUUUUAUAUUUGGACUCCAUAUUUGGAAAAAGUAUCGAGCCUUUGACAAGACGGAACAGAGCGUUGAGUUCAAAAGACCAAAUUCUAAUUGCCUUACGUUUUUAUGCGACAGGCAGCUACCAACGAGUGAUAGGGGAUACAUUCAAUGUUGAACAAGCAACAGUAAAUAGAAUCGUGCAUAGGAUAACAUCAAAGAUAGCGGAGUUAAAAAGUAUUUAUAUAAAAAUGCCGACUGAACGAGAAUAUAUCGGAAUCGCAAAUAGGUUUUACUCAAUUGCUGGGUUUCCCAGAGUAGUGGGGGCAGUAGACUGCACUCAUAUAAAAAUAAAUUCACCAGGAGGAUCUAAUUCAGAAUUGUUCCGGAAUAGAAAAGGAUACUUUUCACUUAAUGUGCAAGUAGUGUGCGACUCCAAUUUAGUGAUAAGAAACAUUAUUGCCAGAUGGCCUGGUUCUGUGCAUGAUAGCACAAUUUUUAAUGAUUCCCCUUUAUGUGCUCAAUUUGAGCGUGGAGAUUUUGGCGCAAUGGUACUUGUUGGAGAUAGUGGCUACCCAUGUCGACCCUACCUAUUAACGCCACUAUUAAAUCCACGAACGCAUGCUGAAGAAGCAUACAAUAACGCACAAAUCAAAACGAGAAACCCAAUUGAAAGGCUUUUUGGUAUAUUAAAAAGAAGGUUUCCAUGUCUUCAAGUUGGCAUGGGACUGAAGUUAAAAAAUGUUCCACCUGUCAUCGUAGCAUGUGCAGUUUUACACAAUAUUGCACUUUCACAGAAUGAUGCAGUGUUAGAGGAGGACACAGAUAACAUUACAGAGGAGUCUGUAGAUCAACCUAUCAGCAUCCAGUCCAAUCAAAACUUUAUUGUUAGGACAACAUUAAUUAACACACAUUUCUCUUUUUGAACUUUCCUUUAUUUUUACAAAUCAAACUUUAAUUUUCCAUGGCUUUCAUUAAAAGGAUAUGAUAAAAUCAGUGUUAAACCUUAAAAUAUUAGGUCCUUACAUAUGAAAUUGGCGUUUUUCGUACUGGCCACUUUAAUCACGAA